ACAUAAAAAGUUUUAAAAACACAAAAAAAUUAAUUAAUUAAUAUAGUUUUACUUUAAACGUAAGCGACAUCAACUGCUUUGAGCCAUUUUUUAUACACAAACUCAAAGCGCGGCCCAACAAAUAAUUAUACUACAAAUCCGAAUGCUUCCUAUGUACACGAGCCGAGCAGAAAUGAAGAUCUUUGCCACAAAUGUUGCUGUUGCCGGCGUGGCGGAGACGGCGGCUGCUGCUGCUGCUGCAACGACAGCAACAACAACAACGCAACAGCAGCAACAACAACAACGCGAAUAUCGUUGUAGCGCCCAGGUCAAAUUCAAUAAAUACAACAACAAGGCCAACAACGUGGUGCGGCAAACCAAAUACAACAACAACAACAGCAGCAGCAGCAGCAACAACAGCAACAGCAGCAACGCGGACAAUAAACAUGCCAAGCGCCAGCAACAACAGCAGCAGCAACAACAGCAACAGGUGCACUACAACAACAACAUGCACAACUUUACGCGCAAGAAAUAUUUUGGCAGCAACAACUACAAUUGCAACCAACAGCAGCAGCAGCAGCAGCAGCAGCAGCAGCAGCAACAGCAACAAGAAGCAACAGCAGCAGCAACAAAGCUGUCUAACAACAACAACAACAACGUGAUGAAAAAUCAAAAUAUUAUUGAAGAAAUAAGCUGCAAGCAUAGCAGCGACAGCAACAACAACAGCAGCAACAGCAGCAGCAGCAACGACGGCAACAACAACAGCAACAACAAUGUUGUUGUUGUCACAAAGCAGCAACAAAAAGCGAACAACAGCAACAACAACACCAAGAAACGCAACUCGCUGUCAUCUUCGGCAGAAUCGAGCAGCUCGUCGGCGUUUUAUCACAGCUGCUCCGAGUCAUCAACAACGCCGGCAGCCAACAACAACAGCAGCAACAACAGCAGCAACAAUGAUGACCGCCAACAACAACCGAGCACAGCAACAACAUUGGCAACUGCAGCAGCAACAGCAGCGGCAGCAACAAAGCAACAACCAACAGCAAACGCAUUGGCGCAACAACAGCAACAGCAACAGCAACAACAACAACAGCAACAGCAACAACCACAAAUGGACAACAGCAACAAGACGCAGAGGUCGAGACAACAACCGUUGUGCUUCUGGAAGACGAGCUAUCCACAACAGCCCACAAUGCAGCAGAAGGAAUAUUUCGCCCGCUUGCUACAGCAGCAGCUGGAGGCGGCGCUGGCCACGCAAAAGGAAACGGAGCUGGCUCUGGCAGCAACAGCAGCAGCAGCACCAACAUCAUCGGGAGCCGGAGGAGCAACAGGGGAUCAGCAGCAGCCGCAUUAUUAUCCAUAUUAUUACUCACAGCCCAAGCAGCUGACAAUUGCAUCGUUUCUGCAAAAGGAGCUGCUGCCCGAUGCGGACAAGGCCAACCAGCAACAGCAGCAGCAACAGCAACACCAACAGCAGCAGCAACACAAGCAACAGCAGCAAUCGGGCGCCUAUCAGCAGCGUUAUCGCAACGGCAACUAUAGCUACAACCACAACAACAACAACCACAACAACAACAACAACCACAACAACAACUAUCAACAACAGCAGCAGCAGACGCACACACAUCAUGCACAGCAGCAACAUCACAACAAUCACAUGCACAACACGCACUUUCGCCGCAACAAGAAGCUGCACUAUAGCAACAGCAACAACGGCAACGGCGGCAACAGCAGCAGCUGCACGCCAGCAACAGCUGCACAGAAUUCAAUUGAAAUUGUGCCCGCCAGCAAUUAUAAUGGCGCACAUCGGCGCAUGCAAAAUGUUGCUGUCGCUGGCGGUGCUGCUGCUCAAAUCAAUCAUGUUGCCGGCAAGAGCGGCUACUAUCAGCUGCAACAUCAGCAACACCAACAUCAGCAGCAGCAGCAGCAGCAACAUUAUCAUCAGCUAAUGUCUGGCAGUGGCACGCCCACAAGCGCCGAGCAUCAGAAUUUCUAUAAUCUGACCUAUGUGAAUGUGGACGUAGAUGUGCAGCCGCCGGCAGCGGCAGCAGCAAAAAAAGCAGCAGCAGCAGCAGCAGCUGCAGCGGCAGGGACAGCAGCAGCAACUGUUGCUGGCAUACAAAUGGCAGCAAAGUCCGUGCCAGCAGCAACAACAGCUGCAACGACAGCAGCAGCAACUGUUGCAGCUGCAGCCAAUCGCAACAACAUGUUUUUGCAGCCGCCGCCAGCGCUGCAAUUGGCCAUGCUGGCGCCAGGCAUAUUAUCGCCUGCGCCACUGACGCCGGAGGCGGUGGCUACCACGCCCACAAACAUGAUAAGCUGCGCGCAAUUGGACGAGGCGAUAACAGCAGCAGCAGCCAGCAGCACGGCCAACAGCACCAACAGCAGCAGCAACAGCAACAACAAGAAUGUGGAGCUCUCCGGCCUGAUGACUGUGCCCAGUCCCAGCUUUGCAGCGCUGCCGUUCAUGCUGCACCAACAACAACAACAACAACAACAACAGCAGCAACAGCAGCAACAGCAGCAGCAACAGUUGUUCCCAAACAAAGCACAACAGCAACAGCAGCAGCUCUUCUUUAGCUUUGGCGAUGGCUAUAACAAUGCCGCCGCCGGCGCCUGGUCACAUGCCAAUUCGCCUUGCUAUCCGGCGGCCGCUUUUGGUCCAAGCCCGAGCAGCAUUUCCAGCGGAUCAGGGCACAGUCGCAUUCCCUCGCAUCGCGCCGUCUCGCCCGCCUCGUCCACGUGCUCGCUGGCAAGCGAGUCGCAAUGGAGCAGUCGCAGUCGAUUGACGUCGUCGGAGCUGUUGUCCGUGUCGCCGACGCCGCCAGCCACGGGCACAGGCACCGUCACGGGCAACGGGCCCGCUGCCAUGCCAGCACCGAGUCAACAGCUGUCGCCACAUCUGGUAGGAUCGCCGCAUAUGCCCGGCAUUGCGAAUGGCUUGCAUGCAUUGUUGCCGUUUGGUAUACCGCCGCCGCCGGCACCAGCAGCGCCGCCGCCGCCGCCACCGACGGGCACACACAAUCUGCCCGUGAACGGGGCAUAUCCGCAUUAUUGUGGGCCCAAUUGCGGAUGCGGCGGCAGCGCAGCCUGGCCGGCAUCCUGGUAUGAGCUGAUCUUGCCGCCGGAUCGCUAUCUGGACCAUGCACGCAACGUGGAGCUGACCAUGCAGCCGGAGCAACUGAUCUGUCAUUGCAAAUACGACAAUCUGUCGCUGGACAUAUGGAAACGGUUUCGUGGCGCACAGCAGACGCACGCCAAGUUCAAGCUGAAGAUGCGUCUGUGGCGUUAUCUGUUCAUCGGCAUAAAUCAGCUGAUGUUCUCGCGCUAUCGCAUCUGUUUGGUCGGGUCGACCAUAACCGGCUUUGGCACGGACUCCUCGGACAUCGAUAUGUGCCUGUUGCCGGAGCAGCAAACGCAUCAGCAACAGCAGCAGCAUCAUUAUCACAACGAGCUGCGCGCCGAGGCACUCAUGAUACUCAAUCUGUUCAAUGCUGUCCUCAAGGAAAUGGAAGCUUUUCAGGAUUUCAAUUUAAUUGAGGCACGCGUCCCGAUCCUGCGUUUCAAGGAUCGCAUCAACGGCAUCGAAGUCGAUCUCAACUAUAACAAUUGUGUCGGCAUCAAAAACACAUAUUUGCUGCAAUUGUACGCGCAGUUGGACUGGCGCACCCGGCCGCUUGUCGUUAUUGUCAAGCUGUGGGCGCAAUAUCACGAUAUAAACGAUGCCAAACGGAUGACCGUGUCGAGCUACUCGCUGGUGCUGAUGGUGCUCCAUUAUUUGCAGUAUGGCUGUGUGCCGCACGUGCUGCCCUGCCUGCAGGCGCUGUACCCAGAGAAGUUCAAUUUGGGGCAGCAGGAAUGCCUCGAUCUCGAUCUGAUAGAGCCCAUCGAGCCGUACCAGACGCACAAUACACAGACCCUGGGCGAGCAUCUGUUGGGCUUCUUCAAGUACUACAGCAACUUUGACUAUCGGAACAAUGCCAUAUCGAUACGAACCGGCGGUAUUUUGCCCGUCAGCGCCUGCCGUCUGGCCAAGAGCCCCAAGAACGACGUGCACCAGUGGAAGGAGCUGAAUAUUGAGGAACCCUUCGAUCUGUCCAAUACGGCGCGCUCCGUCUACGACUUUGCGACCUUUGAGCGUGUCAAGGCGAUAUUUGUGUCGACGGCGCGUCGACUGGAGCACACAUUGGACUUGGCCUCCAUCUUUACGCCCAUCCAUUACACCCAACGCCCAACGCCCAUGCACCAUCAGCCCCUCCUGCAUCUCCAUCCGCAUCCCGCCCACAACAAUCAUCCAUCAGCCCAUCAGCAUCUGCUGCACGCCCGCAACUCCGCCACGACGGCGCCAUCCAAACUGGUCACAGCGGGCAGCUAUGCGGCGCCGCCUGCCUCGCAUCUGGUUUAGGCGUUAAGCCACAUCGUAUGUGUGCGGCAUCUCUGGAUGAUAUGCCUGCUUGUCAUUGAGCCGGGCAUUUCAUACAAUCCACAGACCUCACUCGCAAAUGCAAACAUAUUCAUCAAAAUGAAAAUCGAUAUAUAUAUAUAUACAUAAAAAAGAUAAUUAUUGUUAAACCCUUUGGCUACAAGUUUUCCAGUGCAUUUUGUAAAUUCAAAUUCAAUCACACUGAGUUUGGAUACCCUUUCAUAUCUCAACUACAUAUACACACAUAUAUAUAUAUAUAAAUAAUUCUUGUCCAAUGUUCGCUAUUUAAAUUAUAUCAAAUCGUAGCCCCGCCCCACCCCGUCAAUGUAAUUGUUAAGUUUCUUUUUCUUCUAUUUUUUUUUUUUUUUUUGUAAGCUUGCCAAUUAUUUUUCCACAUGCAUUUCCCAUUGGGCAUGCAUUUUGCUAAAGCUUUUAAGACAGUUAGUAAAUCGAAUCCUGAAAUGUGAAAAAUGUGUUAAUAAGCGUAAGAGCUGCAGAGAUGGAAAACCCAACCAUAUACAGAAUGCAACCCAACCAAUGUCUUAAUUAUAUUAAUCCACACGAAAAAUACAAAAAAAAAAAAAAUAAAAUAAAAAGAAAAUGCAACUUUCGCUUAAAAAUUGUUCAUUUGUUUUGCAAAAUUAAA